AUGGAUUCAGCUUCGGACUUAAUUCACUACAGUUACAUGCAAUUCGUUAAAUCAUCGACAGGCACAUCGGACACUGGCCACAAAAGAUCGAAUUACACGUUCAAGGCUGAAUGGUGCAGGGCUUUAGUACCAGUCAUAAAAAAUCGCAAUUUCUCAAUCUUAACGGCAUCACUAUCGAUCCGCGGUGCAAUGAUGUGGAAAGAUUGA